AUGAAGACAUCAAAGAAUAAUCUCCUUUUCUUGUUUUUCAAUCUUUGUAUUAUUUCUGUUCAGAUCAAUGCCGAAGAACGAAAGCCUUACAUUGUUUACAUGGGAGAUCUGCAUGAGGACACUCAGGACAGUAUAUUCUUGAUGGAUGAACACCACAGCCUACUUUCUGAAGCAAUUGGAGAUGAACUGAUAGCUAGAAACUCCAAGAUACAUAGCUAUGGAAAGAGCUUUAAUGGAUUUGUGGCAAAAUUGCUCCCUCGGGAAGCGGAAUUCUUAUCGAAGAAAGAUGGAGUUGUUUCUGUAUUCCCAAACAAAGUGCAGAAGCUUCGCACAACAAGAUCCUGGGAUUUUCUUGGAAUGCCGAUGACAGUGAAAAGGAAACAGGAAGAGAGUGAUAUGAUUGUCGCUCUUAUGGAUAGUGGGAUUUAUGUACAGUCUCCCAGUUUCAAUGAUAAAGGUUAUGGACCUCCUCCUGCUAAGUGGAAGGGCAAAUGUGUAAAGGCUGGAAACUUCACUGGAUGCAACAACAAAGUCAUUGGUGCGCAGUACUUCCUUCUUGAAAAAGAUGGGCCACUGGAAGAGAAGUCUCCGGCUGAUUUGGAUGGACACGGGAGCCACACUGCCUCGACUGCUGCAGGAAAUACUGUACAUGGUGCGAGCUUAUAUGGUAUUGCAGAAGGUACUGCUCGAGGUGGAGUGCCAUCAGCCCGUCUUGCUAUAUACAAAAUAUGUUGGACUUUGGGAUGCUCGGACAUGGACAUAUUGGCAGCAUAUGAUGCUGCCAUUGCUGAUGGAGUCGAUAUCAUAUCGUUAUCAUUAGGAGGGUACCCGCGGGAUUUCUUCGAAGAUCCAAUUGCCAUUGGAUCCUUCCAUGCCAUGAAGAAGGGAAUCUUAACUUCAUGUGCAGCAGGAAAUGAUGGACCUGUACUUUCAACAGUAGGAAAUGUUGCACCGUGGAUCUUGACUGUGGCUGCUAGUAGCAUUGACCGACGAUAUGAAACCCCCGUUACAUUAGGCAAUGGAGAGAAAUUUACCGGUAAUGCGAUCAAUACAUUUGAAACAAAUGAAAGUAUGUACUCUUUAACGAAUGGAGCACACGCACAAAAUAUUUCUGGAGAUCCAAUGGGGAACGCCAGUGCCUGUGAAUAUGGGACACUAAGUCAGAAUAAAGUGAAAGGAAAAAUUUUGUAUUGCAUAGGAUAUUUGGGUCAGGACUCCAUCGUCGAUGAGUUAGGUGGAGCUGGGAUUAUCAUGUCUGAUUAUAGCAGAGACACUGCCUAUCCUAAUCUGAUACCAGGAACAUUUGUCAGUAUUAAAGAUGGUGCAAAGAUUGAUAAGUACAUCAAUUCAACUAGGAACGCGCAAGCUGUUAUAUCCAAAACGGUAACUGCAAACAUGACAGCACCUUUCAUAGCUUCGUUUUCAUCAAGAGGUCCACAGACAUUGAGUUCAAACAUCCUCAAGCCCGAUAUUGCUGCACCGGGGCUUGAUAUUUUGGCGGCCUAUUCGCAAUUGACGACAAUGUCAGGGGAUCCAUCUGACGAAAGGGUUGUGAAAUUCAGCAUUAUGUCCGGUACAUCAAUGGCUUGCCCUCAUGUUUCGGGGGCAGCUGCCUAUGUCAAAUCCUUCCAUCCUGAUUGGUCCGUUGCUGCAAUCAAGUCUGCUCUAAUGACCACCGCAAAAAGCAUGAAGAUCAGACCAGAUGAGGCAGAAUUGGCAUCCGGUUCUGGCCAAAUAAAUCCAAAAGUAGCAUUGCACCCUGGUCUAGUUUAUGACAUUCAAUAUGAUGAUUACAUUAGCUUCCUCUGUAAACAAGGAUACAACAGCUCAACUAUUGCAAUGUUAACCGGCAACAAAAAGUACAAUUGCUCAAACUUCCCCGUAGCAAAAGGAGCAGAUGGCCUAAACUAUCCAACCAUGCAUGUUUAUCUGAACAGUUCUCAAUCUUCUUUUUCUGAGGUAUUUUAUCGUACUGUGACUAAUGUUGGCUAUGGAAAAUCAGUCUACCGAGCAAGUAUUAGGUCUCCAAACGGACUUUCUAUCACAGUCGUACCAAAAAUUCUGACUUUCAACGGGCCAAACCAGAAGAGAUCUUUCAAAGUGAUGGUGAAUGGCAAAUUUCUUCAGGCGAGUUCAUGGGUUCUCUCUGGAAGAUUAGUCUGGAGUGAUUCCAAGCAUAAUGUUAGGAGUCCUAUUCUCAUCUGUAGGACAACAAAUAGAACUUUGCUUUAA